ACUGAAGAUCUGCUCUGGUAUCAGAGAGGAAGGCAUCCAGCUGCUCUUGGGCCUUAUGCGUUGCUAGCUCCUGAAGAAGCGACUCCAGUCGCAAAACAUGUUCGGCGUUUUCUACACAGCUUGGAAAUUCCCCUCUUUUUGAAGGAAGUAAAUUGUGUCUACCAUCUCUAUCAAACUUCCAUUGGAGCAGCCUAUAAAUGGGGUUGAUGGGGGAAACAUGCUGUGAUUCAAUGUGCAAUGCAAUUUUAAAUACACAUAUAUGUUUUAGAUGUGAUAUGUUAAUAAAGUAACAAUUGCUUUUUUA